AUGGUACGACAGGCGGCUGAAGUGGACCCCGAGGUAUUACAAUGGUACCGAGACGCUCAGUGUUCCUGGGAACAAUCUUUGGACACCUGUAUUUACUCUACAGAGGAAGAUGGGCCUACGAUUAACGACAAGACAUUUUCCAGCGCCAACCCGCUCCACCAAGGCCUAUCAAAGGACGUCCCGGUCCGAGUCAGCAGUAGUGGACGGGUGGAGUGGACAGUGGGGACCCUGACCACCACCGUCUGUGAUGCUGACCCCUUCUUCUUCCCCGCAGACACCAUGGAUUGCCAGAUCUGUUUUUCCGCAACCUCGGCAAUUAAGCAAACCAUACAAUGCCAUGGGGGAAGUUCUCCAUCAGAUGCACAUGAGGAAAGCCACCCUUGUGACUCCUUCUCCCCCGCCAAACCGGACGGAGAAUGGUACCGGAGAGAUAUGAUCUUCGCAAAAGACAGAAAAGAGGCUUGCUUUUCUGUACAAUUGUCUAGGAUCCCCACGUUCCACAUUGCCACGACUGUUGGGCCCUGCGUCAUCCUGAUUGUGCUGAUGACCAUCACCUUUAUCAUGCCCAUAGACCAGGGAGACCGGAUCUCCUUCGGAGUGACCAUUCAACUCUCUAUGGUCGUGUCUCUCGUGUUUGUUACAGAGGUUCUUCCUGUCAAGGGGGCUCUGCCAUUUCUCGCCACGCUGAUAAUCGUGUGCAUGGGCCUGAUGGGGCUCUUCCUCUUCAUCACUGUGGCCGUCAUCUUCAUUUACAACAAGGAGGGGUGUCUGUCUCCGGGGGCGAGGGUUCUAUUUCUCCGCUACAUUGCAAGGGCACUGCUUCUGGGAGAUCUAACGAAGUCGAAGGAGAAGCAAAACAGCAGUGGUACUGCGAUAGAGAUGACCAACACCGCCUUUUGUGACGAUGAUGUGCCGGUAGACGAUGGAGCAAGUGUGGCUGUAAUGUGGCUGCAGAACAGUGGAGACCCCGGGAGGACCGGGCCGCCAACAAACCCUCCUACAGCCCCCGAGUCUCCAGGAUUUCUUCACUUGAUCUCCAGCGUGCGUGAGCUGACUAAGGUGGUAAAGAAAGGAGACGAGGAGCUGACUAAGGCGGUAAAGAACGGGACGGAGAGGCUGACGAAUGAGCUGGUGGAUGUAAAGAACAAUCUGACAGAGGUAAAGAGUGGGAUGGAGGAGCUGACCAGGGCCGUGAAAAGCGAGGAGGAAGUUUCCGACUACACCCUGCUGGCGAAGGUCCUGGACAGGCUGUGCCUCGUGGUAUACAUCAUCAGCGUCGUUACAGCCAUCCCGAUGACUAUGUACUUGAGCAGGUAAUAGGGCCUUCACACUGAAAACAAAUUAGCAGAAAUCGAGCAGAACCAACCGGAAUGAAUUAUUUGCAAA